AUGGCAACGCAACGGUAUUCGCAAUUAUCGCGGACGCCGCUGACAGAAAAUGAUGGUGAUCUUGCCUCAAGUUCAGCGCAGCACGAAGAUACUUCGGAUUAUGCCCAUUCACAAUUCCAAGCUGGUGGAUCGGACAACGCCCGGCAUGUUUUGUGGGGCGAAAGUUAUGAGUUGGACGAUCGACGAUCAGCUAUCUCCUCGGCUCCCCUCUUGCAGCAAAAUAACGCUCCAACAAAGAAGUCUUCGGUGAUGGAGCCGGAAAUCAAGGAGGAUCCGAUCCUCGACGGACAGAAACGACGGCUUCGUCCAUCGGGCUGGAAAGCUGGAGUGAGGAUUUGCGCGGCGACUGCUGCUACAAUUUGCAUUUUGAACGCCAUAUUGGCCAUCUGGGCUGUGGCAAAUCAUGAGCAUGUCGAUGGUCUGUCGUAUCUGUACACGGGCGGCUGCAAGGAGGUUGCGAAGAUGAAUUUUUGGAUCCAUUUGGGAAUCAAUGCUAUGAGUGCUAUACUGCUCAGUGGUAGCAAUUAUACAAUGCAAGUCAUAGGCAGCCCUACUCGAAGGGACGUUAACGAUGCGCAUACGAAGCGACGCUGGCUCGAUAUCGGGAUACUAAGUACGCGCAACCUUCGCGCGAUAUCCUGGGGCAGAAUAGCGUUAUGGACAAUACUUGGGCUUAGCUCAGUGUCUAUACACCUAAUGUAUAGCACCGUGAUCUUCUCUUCUCUCUCCGCAAACUUCUACGAUUAUAUAGUCGUUACCAAAGAUUUCCUCGAACCCAUGCACGAAUCCUACCUGGACGGAAGGUUAACCAACUAUACCUCCACAGACUGCAUUGCUAUGUACGGCAUCAGAUUUGUGAGCAAAGCCUUCAACGUCCUGCUUGUAACAGGCGACACCGGCACUUCGAACAAUUCGGUGCUCGCGGCGGGUGCUUGGGGGUACACAAUAGAGGAUAUUCCGGGUACUGCGGGGUACGAGGUGGAGAUUCCAUACUCGUGGAUAUGUGGCGAUAGUUGGGACGAGUACCCUUACCAAGACCGACAACCAGUCUGUACCACGGCGGUUGCCAAAGCGGCUGCGUCGAGCCCGACCGGCUGGAUCGUCGCUAAUCAUCGGAUCAGCUACUGUAUGGUUGAGUUGGUUGAAGAGGAAUGCCAGCUAAACUUUAGCUUGAGUAUCAUGCUGAUUGUGAUCGCGUUUAAUGUUUUGAAAGCAUGCCUCAUGAUUCUGACUGCUUUGAAAAUCAAUGAGCCAACCCUCGUCACGAUCGGCGAUGCCAUCGCAUCCUUUCUGCAAGAGCCCGAUCCGACCACCGAAGGCCUCUGCCUCAGUAACAAGAUAGACUUUCAGAAUAAAAAAUGGGCGUUGCGGACUCCGAAACAGUGGAAACCAAAGAAACAUUUCUGGUUUCGGCCCGCGAGUGUUAAAAGAUGGUUGACAUGCAAUAUUCUGGGAGUCCUCGCUUUGCACCUACUCGUUCUUCACGCGUCUCUAAUAAGAGGCAGGUAUAUCGGCUUCGUUUGCUUGGGGGUCGACCUCCUCGUUAAAGGCAUGAAAGGCAUUAGCAUCUAUAACCUCAAACUUCUCUGGGAGCUCGGCUUCGGGGCCGUCGACUUCGAAUCUACCCUAAACGUUGAGACUGACGGUCUCAUCGCAACCACGCUCCUCGCCAAUCUUCCACAGGGAAUCCUGGCCUUUCUCUAUCUGACCUAUAAUAGUUUAUUCUCUUGUAUGUUGGGCGCUUUUGAAUGGAAUCGCUUUGCUCGUUUCAGCAAACCGCUACGUGUGAGUGCGCCGCAAGGGAAGCAGAGAUCGACUUAUUAUCUCCAGCUCCCAUACACAUAUGCCAUCCCACUUCUCAUCAUGUCCAUAUGCCUACACUGGCUCUUGUCUGAAUCGCUCUUCCUCGUACGCGUGAAUAUUCGCUACGGACCAGGGGGAAGCGAUAGCCGAGUCACGACAAUCGGAUAUUCAUGCAUCGCAAUCUUUUGUGCUCUGAUUAUCGGAGGGGUGACGAUGCUCUGUAGUAUCGCUGUUGGGUUUCGGCAGUAUGAUGAUGGGAUUCCUUUGGUGGGGAGCUGUAGUGCUGCGAUUAGUGCUGCGUGUCAUCCACCGAAGGAAGACUCGAUGGUACAUUUGAAGGCCGUAAAGUAGGGUAUGGUGAAAGCUACGGAGGAACGUGGUAGAGUAGGACAUUGUUGCUUAAGUAGUUCAGAGAUUGAGAGACCUGUGAGUGGGGAUU